ACACUGGAGCAAAAAUUCCGUGUGUGUUGGCGCGACUGAGAAACGGUAUAUUUACAAACCGGAAAAAACGCCAACAUUUCAGAUUCGAGAACUCAUUUCUUCGCCAGUGAUUCUCUCAGGAGAUUGUAAUCGAGCCUUGCCGACCCCGGGAAAAUGGCACCCGCCGUGCGAAUUGCCGGGACUAUUCUCGGCCGCGAUCGACUUCUCACGGCGGUUAUCGCCGGAGCCUCCAGUCUUUCGUUCGUGGGAUCGGGAUUCAUAGUGCUCUGUUACGUCCUCUUUAAAGAACUUCGCAAGUUCUCCUACAAGCUCGUCUUCUAUCUUGCCCUAUCCGAUAUGCUUUGCAGUUUUUUCACUAUGAUUGGGGAUCCGGCUACUGGAUUUUACUGUUAUACUCAGGGCUAUAGCACUCAUUUCUUUUGCGUGGCAUCGUUUUUGUGGACUACAACAAUUGCAUUCACCCUUCACCGUACUGUUGUUAGACACAAAACCGACGUCGAAGAUUUGGAGGCAAUGUUUCAUUUGUAUGUAUGGGGAACAUCGUUAGUGUUGACUGUUAUACGUUCAAUUGGUAAUAACCAUGGACAUUUGGGUACUUGGUGUUGGGCACAGUCAAGUCGUACAGGAAAGGCUGUUCACUUUAUAACAUUUUACAUGCCACUCUGGGGUGCAAUUCUCUACAAUGGCUUUACUUACUUUCAAGUGAUACGCAUGCUUAAUAAUGCUACCCGUAUGGCAGUUGGCAUCUCAGAUAGGGCUUACCAGUCAGAUGCAAGAGCAGACAUGAAGGCUAUAAACCGAUGGGGAUAUUAUCCGCUCAUCCUCAUAGGGUCAUGGGCUUUUGGUACAAUCAACCGUAUCCAUGAUUUCAUAGAGCCAGGUCAUAAAAUUUUUUGGCUGUCGGUUCUUGAUGUUGGGAUGGCUUCUCUAAUGGGCUUGUUCAAUUCAAUAGCAUAUGGUCUUAAUUCUUCAGUGCGACGGGCAAUUUCUGAAAGAAUAGACCUGUUUUGGCCUGAAAAACUUCGAAGAUGGCUCCCCAGCAAUUCAAGAUCCCGAAACCAACAACAAGAAGGCGAAAUGGUUCCCUUGAAAAGUCUGGAUCAGGCAUAGCAUAGCAAAUUAGCCAAUGGGCAUGCCUCCAUCGCCUUCCUUCACAAAAUUUAUUUCCUCUGUUUUCUUUGGAGGACGUGUAUAUAGGGCUGAGCAAAUUCAAUGUCCGUGUAGGGUAACAACCAUCCCAUUCAGUUGCUGUCAUUUUCAUGAUCUGCUGUUUUUCACGGCUACUGAUUCUCCACUGUUCUUCUAAUUGAUGACAUGAUAGAGAAAUUUCGCAGUCUCUCAACUGGUGAUGAAGAAUGAAAAAUCGUGGAAUUAUAAAAGCUUUUGGAUACUGAAUCUGUAAGAUUGUAGAAAAAGAUUGAGCUGCCUGGAUCAGAAUCCCUGUAUGCUACCCCGUUCAUUAUUAAUAUAUCAUACAAUUAUGGUCCUCAUCGCA